GCGACAGUUUGGUGGAGAAUGUGUUGGACGUUGGGUUAGCAACACCGUGUCUGUGUGCUAAUAGACUCGUUUAUAAAGUUAUAAACAAAUACGAAAUUUAUUGUGGAUGAUCGGAUAAAGCAAUGGAAACAGUGACGGAGGGAGACGUAUCUAAACUAUCUAAGAUAGAGCAACGCAAACUGAAAUUGGCAGAAUAUCUGGUGGGAAAAGGAAGACUGAAAGCACCUAAUCCAAAACCAUAUCUCAAGGACAAACCUGUUACAAAAAAACAUGCUGAAAAUAAUCAAAAGGACAAAAUUAGAGGUGAUGCAAAGGAGAAUUGUGGCAUCAAUGGCACAAAUGUAAAAGAAGUGAAGAGAGUGAAGAAAUUGGCAGAGGUUAAUAAAAACACAUCCACAAAAAAAGGACUCAGCCUCCAUUCACUAGCCAAAGCCCCAGCACAGUCUUCCAGUAAUUCCUGUAAUACUUUACUAAUCUUAAAGACACAACGCAAUAGCACUGCUUCUCUUCAAAAUACAAGGAAACCACACAAAGCUGAGGAAACUCCUGCAUCAAUCCAUGCCGCAAAUAGGACUCGUCCACAAAGCCUUCAAAAUGACCAACACAAAGCCCAUCAAGCACAGCCAGCUUCAAAUACAACUCAAAAGUCAAGAAAAUCAAGUCUUGUUUCAGUCUGUGGCCCUUCAAAGUCUGGAUAUGGCAUCUCUGCUCACAGACGCACAGAUCAAACGUCCCGUACCAAGACGGAGCUUCAGUCGACACGGCCUUUGGCUAAGAAAUUAGCAGAAACAGCCAUCAAAACAGCAUCAACUGCUAAUUUGAAGAGUCAAAGACCAAUGAGCACAACUGGGACAAAAAUUCAGACAAACAUUGUUUCUAAACCCCAGGCAAAACUAACACAGCAAACCAGGAGUCAAAGUGCUGUACCCAAGUUUGGGAUUCACAACAGCAGUUCUCAGAUCAGUAAACCCAUGAGCCGAAAAUCGAAUUCGGCGACAAACAGAUUUGACGUGAACCAGAGAAAGGAUAUUUCAUGCAUCAUCACAAAAGUGGAUGCCACAAAAACGAAAUCGCAUUGCUCUGUCACAAACAGAGUAACAAGAACAAGUGUCUCUACUUUAUCUAAACCUGCAAAUGGUGAAGGAUCAGCUAUCAUCAAAAAUAAGCAGAAUAUUACUGUUAAACCAAUUAGUGCCACUGCUUCGACCAAACUCCUCAGUCGAAACACCAAGAGUUGUGUAUUGCCACAGACAAGCACUGCGCCCCAAGAGCUUCAGCGGCCCGCCAAGAGAUCCAGCCAGGCCAAGCCUGCAGUGCAAUUUCAGACCCCUAAAUCCAGUUUCUGUCCCAGCACUCAAGGUGUCCGAACAGCCCCGGUAGAUGGAAGGAAGAAGCCGACUGCAGCUCAGGAGCAGAGACUGUGUAAGCUCCAGGAGUGGCGGGAAUCGAGGGGCAUCACAUAUAAACGUCCUCCCAUGCCUGUCCGUCUGGUGAGGAGGAAGACGGUCUCUGCUAUUCCUCAGCCAUACUGGGCUUCUAUCGAGAAAGAAGAUGAAGUUCAUAACAUUGUCUUUGCUGUGGACCGGUCACUAGAUGACUGCAUUAAAUUAUUACAGCAGGGUUUCCCGGUGGAAAAGGUCAGAGAUGUGCUGUCUCGGGUGCCAAUGGCACAGAAGUUUGCUAAAUACUGGAUCUGCCAGGCCAGACUAAUGGAAAGAGAAGGAAACCUGGAGGUCCUGCCCAUGUUCCAGGAGGCCAUCCGUGUAGUGAGAGAGCCAGUGGAUGAACUACGAUCUGUGGUAUUUGAGAUCCUUAAAAAGAGUCAGAUUCAAGGUACGUCUCCGAUGCCAAAAGAGCCUGAAAUGGUAGAGACUAGGAUGCAUGACGAACAGGAAGUCGGUGACGUCAUGUGUACUCCAAAACCUGUAGGGGCCCUCAUAUGUGGAAUGAGGGGAGACUCGUCUGUCGUCAAAUAUAAAAUUACAGCCACCCCAGGGGGGAAAAGGAGUCAGCAGGGAGUGGAAUCAGGACAAGUAGACGGUCACGAAAUCCGUUUCUUUACCCCAGUGCGGCGUUCAGUGCGGAUUGAGAAAACUGCUCUGCGCUAUCCAACAGCCUUGCAGGAACAUGACCCCUGUGUGACCUCUCUUUGUGACCUUGCAGGUGAGAGUAAGGAAGAGGUCGAAGGUUACACACGACCCCAGAGCUCUCCUGUGUAUGUGUACCGGGAGAAUGAAGCACUGAGCGACCAUGUUCAAGUUAAACUUGUUUAUCCAGAGGAGGUUGAAACAUUAUAAUGUUUGUUAAAAUGCAGUGACCUUCAUUUCCCACCUGGAAGCCAAGAAUUGUUUUUGUUUUCAUUCUGUUUUUACUAUUUGUUUGUAAUGUCUUUUGUACUAUGAUGCACAUUUAGACAAGCUCAUAUACUACUAAACAUAUUUUUGCUAGGUUUUAGCCAGACCUUGAGCUUUGACUCUCUCUUUAUACUGGUUAGAUGCUACCUAAUUGGAUCAUAUCUUUGUUGCUGUAAUGAAUUUCAACAUUAAGCAUUGCUGUGUGUAAAAAAAAAUACAUUGUCUAUAUUCUUUCUGCAAAAGAUUCAACAGAAGAGUCAAUAUUCAGUUAAUCAGAUAUUUAAGUCAAACCUAUCCUUAUAACUUCAGUUAUAAUUUAUGGAUCAGCCUCAAUCUCUUGUGCAUGUCUGAGCAAUAGCACACAUGAAUUUUAGUGUAAAAAUUUUGGAUUUUACAUUAUAAAUAAACCAUAUUUAAGUCCCUGA